AGAUGGGUACAGAGAUACAGACAAGGGUAUGGAUAUUCUUUUAUAGUUUAUAGUAUGCAUUCUUGACAGUAUAAGAUUCCUGAUAACACAAAGAAUGAGGUUAGUGGAAUUUAUAAUUUUUUAGUAUAGGAUUUGUAUGUCAGAAAACAAAAAGAUUUGGGUGUGUUUCAUGUUCCUACCGUUGAUGUUCAGUAAGGGAAAAGGUUGAGAGUGGACAGAUCUUGAUUGAAAAAGUUGACACUUUGAAUAGUGUUACAGAUUCUGAAGUCUCAGUACUAAAUACAUUGCAAUCUGAUAUAAUGGCUACUGUGGAGCUUGAAUCAAACAAGAAUCUUGCUAAUGACCAUGACCACAUGAAGGGAGUCAAAGAUCUGUUGGACGCAGGUGUUAUAAAUUCAGUGCCUGAUAAGUAUGUCUUUCCUGAGAACAGACGCCCAUCAGCCGCUCAAGUGGUACAAGGAGAGAGUAUACCAAUUAUUGAUAUCUCAGGCCUUGAUGGAUCCCAACAGGAACGAAUUCAAACCAUCCAAGCUCUUGGCCAGGCUUGCUCAGAGUGGGGUUUCUUCCGGGUAAUUAAUCAUGGGAUUCAGGCAUCUCUGAUAGGCAGUAUGUUAGAUGUAGCCCAUCAGUUUUUCUUGCUCUCCUCUGAGGAGAAGAUGAAGUAUGGGAACAGGGAUGUUCUGGAUCCAGUGAGAUAUGGAACCAGCUUCAAUGCCAAAGUUGACCAAUUUUUCAAUUGGAGAGAUUAUUUGAAGCAUUUCUGUCAUCCUGUACUGCAUACUCCAGACAAUCCCCCAAAUUACAGAGAGGUUGCUGGACAAUACUUCAAGGAAAUCAGAAAAUUGGCUUUGAAAUUAAUGGCAGCCAUAUCUGAAAGCUUGGGACUGCAACCAACUUACAUAGAAACUGUCUUCAAAGAGGGCCUUCAGAUUGGUGCACUAAACUUUUACCCUAGGUGCCCUGAACCAGAGCUUACAAUGGGCUUUGUACCCCAUUCUGAUCAUGGGGGUCUCACCGUACUAUUACAAGAUGAGGUGGGAGGUCUGCAAGUGCGCCAUAAGGAUCAUUGGGUGGCAGUGGAACCAGUUCCAAACACUUUCGUUGUCAAUGUUAGCGACCAUUUGGAGAUUGUGAGCAAUGGGAGAUACAAAAGCGUGGAGCACAGAGCCGUGGUGAAUGCAGAGAGAGCAAGAAUUUCAAUAGCAGCAGCAAAUGGGCCUGCUUUGGAUGCUUUGAUAUUUCCUGCUCCACAACUAGUUGAUGAAACUCACCCACUCCUGUACAGUUCUAUGUUGUAUGGAGAGUUUCUUAGGCAGCAGCAGAGCACAGCCCUUGUAGGUAAAGGUAACUUAGAUCUGCUCAAGACACCAAAAAGGGAAUAAUUGUGGUGCUGAGAAUGCCUAUGUGUUUUGGCUUUGCAGCAGGGUAUAAGUUCCCGUGUAUGCUCACUCAAAAGAGUUGUUUUAUUUUAAUUUAGUAUUCAAGAAUCAAUAUUUAUUUUUUAAUUUAUCAAAAAGAUAUUUUAUUUUA